AUGAUCUCUCCAGGCUGGGAGUGCAGGUCAGAGUCAGGGAAAGGGGAAGAACCUCCCAGCCAAAGUGCACAAAUUAAAAUUUGGACACCAGAACAAGAAAGGAUAACAAAAUUGGCCAAGCUCUUUCCCAACCACCUUUUCACUCGGUUUCCUGGUUUUGUUGCCAGGAAGGCCAAUAUCACAGUGAUUGUUUUCACCAACAAAGAAGACACAGCUACUGAGAAGACAAUGCUGAACAUUGAUUGUUUCAUCAAUAAGAAUUUCCAGCUCCUGCGCAAUCUCACACUUGGCUACAACAUCCAUGACAAUUAUUUGAGCACCAUUGGCACUUCAGAUGCCUUGCUGGACAUGCUCUCUCCUGGAGAAGCCAAUAUUCCCAACUACAGUUGUGGAAGGAAGGAUAACCUUUUGGCUUUUAUUGAUGGAACUGACAAGGACAUCUCCAUCCAGAUGUCAAGAUUAGUAGGCCCCUAUAAACUCCCACAGUCUCUGCCUCAGUCUAAAUGUGUGCAAAAUUGCCAUCCUGGAUUUUUCAAGCGGGCUCGGAAAGGAGAGCCAGUUUGCUGCUAUGACUGUAUUUCUUGUCCGGAGGGGACCAUCUCCACUCAGGAAGGAAUUCGUGGUCCCACCAUUUGCCUUGAAGGAUGUGAUUAUGCAUCUCAUUCUAAAGAGGCUCUCUAUGGAUCCAACCAUGAUAACUUUUACCUGUGUACAAUACCUGUAGUACGUUUGUUACAGCAUAAUUGUCAAUCAGAUACUGAAAAAUGCACCCAGUGCUCAGAUGAUCAAUAUCCAACUGAGAGCAGAGUCCAAUGUAUUCCAAAAAGAAUAAUCUUCCUCUCUUAUGAAGAACAUCUGGGCAUCAUUCUGGUCUCAAUUGCCCUACUCUUGUUCCUAUCAACAGGAUUUAUUUUAAUCAUAUUCAUUAAAUACCUAGAAACUCCCAUUGUCAAAGCCAACAAUCGGGACCUGUCCUAUAUUCUCCUGGCUUCUCUCUUGCUUUGCUUCUUGUCCUCCUUUUUCUUCAUUGGACAGCCAAGGAAAGCCACCUGUCUUCUCCAACAAACAGUGUUCAGCAUUGUCUUCUCAAUAGCUGUGUCUUCUGUGUUGGCCAAAACGAUCACAGUGGUGUUGGCAUUCUUAGCCUCAAAACCAGGGAACAGGAUGAGAAGAUGGUUGGGGAAGAGCUUGGCCAACUCCAUUAUCCUUUCUGGUUCUGGUGUCCAAAUUAUCAUCUGUGCCUUAUGGCUUGUAAUUUCUCCUCCAUUCCCUGACUCUGACCUGCACUCCCAACCUGGAGAGAUCAUCCUUCAAUGCAACGAAGGCUCUGUCACCAUGUUUUAUGUUGUCCUUGGCUAUAUGUGUUUCCUAGCUGCCAUUUGCUUCACUGUAGCUUUCCUGGCCAGGAAUCUGCCUGGGGCCUUCAAUGAAGCCAAGCUGAUCACCUUCAGCAUGCUGGUCUUCUGCAGCGUCUGGGUCUCCUUCCUGCCCACUUACCUGAGUACCAAAGGAAAGUCCAUGGUGAUUGUGCAGGUCUUCUCCAUCUUGGCCUCCAGUGCAGGACUGCUGGGUUGCAUCUUCUUCCCCAAAUGCUACAUUAUUAUCCUGAGGCCAGAUCUAAACACUAAGGAACAUCUAAUAAUAAAAGUAGAGAAAUGA